UAUUGCACUCGCAAGAUAACUGGUGCCCAUAUUCAUAAACGCGCUUUGUGGGCUGAAUACAGAAUCGGAACUGAAAAAUAUAUAAUCAUUCCAAAAAAAACAUGAAGUUUCUCAAGUUAAACAACGGUUCAAACAUGCCCAUCGUUGGGUUGGGCCUGUCCGUAUUUCCGGAAGACCCCAAAACUGUGGAGACCUCAGUCGAGUUGGCACUUCCCAUUGGUUACAGAAUGUUUGACACUGCGUCUCUUUAUAAAACUGAAGAGCAUUUAGGUGUCACGUUGAAGGCAAACUUGCUAAAAAAUCCAAACAUAAAACGGAAAGAUUUGUUCAUCGUUACAAAGCUGCCUCAAAUUGGAAUGCGCCCAGACCUGGUGGACCGAUUCGUGACCAAAUCCCUCAAAGACUUACAACUCGAUUACAUCGAUCUCUACCUUAUCCACUGGCCAAUUGGGAUGGAGUUCCGAGGAGAAAAUGACCUAUUUCCAAUGCUCGACGUGACCACGAAAGAAUGCGCGUAUGAUUUUAAGACAGAUCUUGAAGGGAUCUGGAAAGCAUUGGAGGCGCAAGUGAAAGCUGGUCGUGUUAAGUCGAUCGGACUCUCAAAUGUUAAUGAGACACAGAUUGAAAGAAUUGUGAAAAUUGCAGAGAUUCUCCCAGCUAAUAAUCAAAUCGAGCUCCACGCCUAUAUUCAACAACCAAAGUUGAGGAAACUUUGUGAAAAGUAUGACAUUUCCAUAACCGCAUAUUACCCAAUUGGGGGACGGAAUAGGCUGCAAUAUCCGGAAGAAUGGCAAAAAUUGGCUCCCCCAGUUCCUCCUCUUCUCGAUGAUCCCGUGGUGACAGCCAUUUCAAAAAAGCAUGACAAGACGCCUGCUCAAGUACUGCUCAGAUUCUUGACUCAACUAAACGUGGCUGUAAUUCCUAAAAGCAGUAAUGCCAACAGGCUCAAGGAGAAUUUUAAUAUCUUGAAUUUUACCCUGGAUUCUGACGACAUGGAUAAAUUGAGAGGUUUAGAUCAGGGAGAAAGUGCUCGGACAUGUUUUGGAAUGCCGGGGUGUGAUAAACAUCCCGAAUAUCCUUUUCCUAUUGCAGGAUCAAAAUAAUUCAUGAACUGAUUCUUAACUUGUUCGUAUUUAUUUAUUGAUGCGUAUUGCGAAACAUUGCAUUUCAUCAAUAUUGAUGCGUCAAGUACUAAAGCUGACCUGAAAUUGGACACGAUAAUUGCUUAGAAAUACAUAAUCAAACUUACAACUUGUGUCGAAAGAUAACAGAAUAUACAUAGUGUCACAAAAUCACGUCUCCAACUAA